AUGUUGGGAUUUGGGCGCCGGAAGUUCAAUAAUGUCGCUGAGUCAUUUAUUAGUCAGGCUUGGCAUUGACCUCGCGUGGAAUUCCCAAAAGGUUCCAAGGAUGGUCCCGAACGGUUCCGGAAGUCGCUUAGUGUCGGAUUAACAGGGGCAAAAUUCGGGGAAUCGGCUCAUCGGGGGCUUCCAACUUUGGUUUUAAGGCUCCCAGUUGGGGGAAGUUAGGGUUAGACGAACCGCUGGGCGACGUUAAGAUUUCCCUUGGGCCGUUAUAGAACUGCGAAAUAUAUAUAGGGGUAUAUGGGGCCGGGCUCGAGUAGUAGCCACCGUGUGCUUUUCGUUCCUGACCGCCUGUUCAGCUAGUAGUAUCUAUUUUGCACCCAGGUGCCGCCUCCCGCUUGUUCGGCUCAGUCUGGUCUGGGCUCUUUCCUACCCGCGUGAUCGAGUUCUCCAUCCAUCUGAUAAGAUUUCUCCGCCGCCUCCGCCUCCUACCUGCGCCGUGGUCCCACUGCAUUCAUUCAUAUAAGAGACCCUGCACCCAGCCCGCCGUAAUUCUUAAAUACCUCAUAGGAACUAUCUUCCUCGCCGUACUCCUCGAACCACGUUCAUCUUUCUACUCUCGUUCUCAAUCUCCAGGCCCAAGUGCACAGGUCCCGACACAAUGCCGUAUCUCGUGAACGGCGACUCCUCGCCCGAAGCCUCCCCCGUCGAUGCAUUCCACAGCUUAGUAGAGGACAUCAACACAGUCCUUGGCCCUAGCUCAGGUCUAGAUUCCGACGACGUCGAUCCGAUGGAUAUCCAGAAGCUCAUGGAGGACUAUACCUCCAACGAGAGUGAAUGGGAACGGUAUGCCUUUGGCGAUGCUGGAAGAGCAUAUACGAGAAAUCUGGUCGAUGAGGGCAAUGGUAAAUGUAAUCUGCUUAUUCUCGUCUGGAGCCCUGGAAAGGGAAGCGCCAUUCAUGACCAUGCCAACGCCCACUGUGUAAUGAAGGUACUAAAAGGGUCCCUGCGAGAGACGCAAUAUUCAUGGCCCGAGGAGGACAAGGUACAGAAGGGGGAGCCAUCACCCUUGUCCAUAACCAAGGACACCGUGUAUAAAGAAAACCAAGUCACUUACAUGUCAGAUAAGCUCGGCCUGCAUAAGAUCUCUAAUCCUGACCCUGACGAUUUUGCUAUUUCCCUUCACUUAUACACACCACCAAACGCUGCUCAUUAUGGGUUUUGCCUUUUUGACGAGAAGACGGGCAAGUCGCGACACAUCAAACAAUCCAUGUUCUUCUCCAGCAAAGGACACAAACUAUGAUUUCCGUGUCCUGCGAGAAGGGUCAACGAAAGUUGUCCCUGGUCUAGGUAUCCGCUCUAGAAGUUGUAAAUGAAUGAAAUGCGGGACGAUAAGUGUUCUUUGCGCUGGAGCCCCGUUUUAAUGAACCUUUCUGGUCUGGUGUCUUGGGGUAUUGCAACUAUUUCGGGUUUCGGGCUUGCGCUAUAAAUGACGUGAUUUCAUCCUAACGCCAGAUGCAUCUUAGCUCGUCUUCAACAGACCGGGGGUUUCGUGUGGACGACAUACGCAGUACGGCGUAUAUUUUCAUCACCCCAGCUACACGGCAAAACUCCCAAGGCGAGAGCCACUAUUAUUAUUCUUAGAGCCGUUGUAAUUAGCAUUUUUAUCCUCCUCUCCUUGUUUCAGAGAGUUUAGCCCGUUCUUCUUUUCUUUUUUUCAAUCCAUGCCCACUCCACUCUCCUCAAUCAAAUAUAUGUAGAGUUAUUAGUUACACGUUCUCAGUAAUUCUCCAUGAACAGCGCCUUGCCACAUUUAAUAUCAACCCCAAAAAUAGUGCUGAGUACUCUAUAGAUUUCAACGAGCAACCAACAAAAGAGGAAGCGCAUUCCACCGUUAGUGGCCGUCCUUCCGGCCUGGAUGUGUGCUUCAAAUUUAACACACACAGAGAGAGAGGGAUUUCAAGACGAGAUAAGCCGUAUUCAGUCACAGGUGAGGUCAACUUAUGUUUGAAUCGAUGUAGACGUUAUUGUGGAUAGAUAUUUCUAUGUAAAUGCGAUCGUCUCCCUUGUCUGCUCCUCGCGG